UGAACAACAUAGUUUAUCAGAACGUUGUAUUGAUUAUACGUAUAGUCGUAUAUCUUACGAUGGCUAGAGAUCUUAUUAUUUUAGCUUAUUCUGGUGGACUCGACACUAGCUGUAUUUUAAAAUGGUUAAUCCAAAAGAAUUAUGAUGUCGUGUGUUACAUGGCCGAUAUCGGACAAGAUGAAGAUUUUGAAAAAGCUCGCCAGAAAGCAAAACUCAUCGGUGCUAAAGAUGUCAUAGUUGAAGACUUGCGUGAGGAGUUUGUGACCAAUUACAUGUUGCCUGCCAUUCAAAUGGGAUUGGUGUAUGAAAGCCGAUACUACUUGGGCACCGCUCUGGCACGGCCAUGCAUUUCUGUAGGAAUUGUGAAAGCUGCCAAAAAACUGGGUGCUAAAUAUAUUUCUCAUGGUGCUACUGGCAAGGGAAAUGAUCAAGUUCGGUUUGAACUGAGCGUUUAUUCGUUGUGGCCCGAAGGAAAGGUGAUUGCACCAUGGCGCAUCCCAGAGUUCUUUGAUAGAUUUCAAGGGAGAAGUUAUCUCAUUGAGUAUGCAAAAAAGGAAAACAUACCCGUCGCAGCGACGACCAAAGCCCCGUGGUCGAUUGAUGAGAACAUUAUGCAUAUUAGUUACGAGUCUGGCGUCCUUGAAGACCCCGGUGCCAUACCUCCAAGUGGUAUUUACAAAAUGACGCGGGACCUUCAACAAGUGGAUGAUUAUCCCAGUAUCAUUGAUAUUACUUUUGAAAGAGGUUUGCCGGUUUCUGCUCAAAUACCAAGUGGACAUCAAAAAGCACUUGUUGUAACAGACCCCCUGGUUCUAGUGGAAACGUUGAAUAAAUUGGGCGGACAACACGGUGUAGGCCGUAUUGACAUUGUAGAAAACCGAUUCCUGGGACUCAAGUCUAGAGGACUUUACGAAACGCCUGCCGGUACUAUACUGCACGUAGCUCAUUUAGAUCUAGAGGUGUACGCCCUUGAUAAGGAAGUGUUGAGAAUCAAGAAGUACCUUCAAGAUAAAAUGGCUGAUUUUGUAUAUAACGGUUUUUGGUUUUCACCGGAAGCUUUCUAUACACGAAAAUGCUUGGAAAUGUCACAAGAAUCUGUUACUGGUACCGUAACAGUUCAGGUGUUUAAAGGAAAUGUGUCAAUUUUAGCAAGGAAGAGUGGUGCAAGUUUGUAUAAUAAAGAUUUGGUUUCCAUGGACAUUGCUGGUGGGUUUUCACCCGAGGACAGUACUGGAUUCAUCAACAUUAACGCGGUCCGGUUGAAGGAGUAUGCGCGUUACACAGCUGCAACUCAAAUAACAAAAUGAAAUAAAAAUUAUUUUUUAAAUGUUGAAUGCUAAUAAAAUCUUUUUUUUUUUUUCUU